AUGGUGAGGAGGCAAGUGGACAUGGCUGUCGAAAAGAUCAGAAUAGAAGUCGUAGAUGAUUUUCUCCAUCUCCCUUCUCGAUGCAAUGGUGGUUCCCUUCGGGUUCCGGAGAUCAGACAUCCUUGUCUUGCAGCUGGCGAAGUCUCGACGAGCAUAGCGGAUGCUUUCCGCCGCCUCUGCAGCUUCAGCCAGCACUUCUGCUGGUGCUUGCCUCUCUCUUUAACGGGUUCCUUUAUCGACUCUCUGCAAAGCCUUGCGAGCACGGACGUGAGUUCUUCGUUCCCUGCGGCUCGUGCUGCUCCACGCUGGCGUAUCAGCUCAAGAGUUUCAAGAGACAGGCGUCUCUUGGUGAUUUUAGAUCUCUCAGCCUUCUUCGCGCGUCGUGAAGGUAUUCAACGAGCCGAUCAUAUCCCUCGCCGAUGUUGUCCAUUGCGGAAUCUUCCCAAAAGCCGGCUAACGUAG